GGGGGUGGACGUGGCGCACCGGGCAGGUGGGAGCAGGAUCCGAGGGGAUCCGAUGUCCCGGGACAUGGAAAGAAGCUUGAGGACAGCACACGUUUCUCACUCUGCAGCAGGCACUGGAACAUUCAUCAGGAGGAAUUCCAAGUCAGGAGAGUGACAACGGUGGAGGUGAGCAGGUGUCCAUGAGUGAUCCCAAGAAAUGAUGGCUGAGCAGCCGCCCCCCCUGGAAGCCACACCCCUGCUGAAUGAAGUGCCACUUCUACCUCACAUGGUCAACGGGGACAGCAUCCAGCAGGUGAUUCUUGUCCAGGUAAACCCAGGUGAAACAUUUACAAUUACAACUGAAGAUGGACACAUUCAGUGCAUUCAAGGUCCAGCACAUGUCCCCAUGAUGUCACCAAACGGUUCCAUGCCACCGAUUUUUGUGCCUCCCGGUUACGUAUCUCAGGUGGUGGAAGAAAAUGGAGUUCGCAGAGUGGUGGUGGUGCCCCACUCGGGGGAAUUCCAUCCUUCCAUGCAUCCCCCUCCUCCCCCUCCUCCCCCCCACGUGCCCCAUUACAUGCACNNNNCCCAUGCCCUGCUCCCACCCCCUCCUCACCCCGUGUUCCCCGCCGUGCCGGGCACAGGAGAGCUCCCACCCCAGUUCAUGCACCAGCACCCACCACCACACGUGUUCCAGGAGCAAGAACCUCGUUCCCAUGGAAGGACAAACUUCAUCCAGAGGGACGAGAGGAGUCUCAAAAUGCCAGAACACCUCAAGAAGAGACUAAAGGACAGACAAGCCAGUGGUCACACCAACAAUAAACUGAACAGCCCUCCCUCCUCACCACAUAAAGUCCUUAAUUCUUCCAAUGCCACAAUUCCCAAUGGGAAUGGAAAGGGCCAGCAAGGGGCAGUUGGAGCACUAAAGCAGAAGCAGAUAGGAAAAACAAAGGGCAGUCCAGAGGCAGAGAUGGGAGAAUCUGACACAGAAUCCAGGAAAUGUGAUACUCACUUGAGCAUUGGCAAGCCAGUCGUUUCUGAUAUACAAGCAAGAUCAGCCGUUCUGUCCUGGAAUCUCCCAGUUAGUUCACAGAAUGGAGAGAGCCAUAGUCAUAGUCCAGCAGCAUUUACAUUUGAAGUAGCAAUAUCCAACAGUGGUAAAAAUGGAAAAUUUAAAUCUGUCUAUGUUGGGGAAGAAUUAACAAUUACACUUCCUGAUCUCAGACCAGCCACUGAUUAUCAUGCCAGAGUUUCAGCAACCAGCAGUUCCAUCAAAGAAACCAUUUCAGAACUGGUGAGCUUCACCACAGAGAGCUGUGAGCCAGACAGUCCAGCUGCCCCAAAACUGAUUAACAGAACCAAAAACAGCCUGAGCUUGCAGUGGAAGUCCUCAAAUGACAAUGGUUCCAAAAUAACUAAUUUUCUUUUAGAAUGGGAUGAGGGGAAGAAUGGCCCCUUCAAGGAAUGUUACUACGGGCACCUGAAGCAGUACAAGCUCACCAAACUCACUCCUUCCACAAGAUACUCCCUGAGACUGGCUGCUAAAAACGACAUUGGAAUGAGUGGGUUCAGUGAGACGGUGACGUUCGGCACGGCCGGGGUGGUGCCACCGGCCCCAGCGCCGCCCACGCUGCUGGAAGCAGGAGUGACCUGGAUGGCCCUGGGAUGGAGCCCUCCUGCAGGAGGGGCCUUGGAUGACUCCCUCACCUACAGCCUGGACAUGGAGGAAGAAGGUUCUGGCUAUGGAUUCCAGCCCCAGUACAAUGGAGAUGAGCUCUCAUGCACUUUAAGAAACCUGAGGAGGAGUACAUCCUAUAAGUUCAGGCUCUUUGCCUACAACAGUGAAGGAAAAAGCAGCCCCAGUGAGGUGGUGGAACACAGCACCAAACCUGACAGACCUGGAGCUCCAAGCAAACCUGUGGUGAAGGGCAAGAUCCAUCCCCACAGUGUGAGAGUCACGUGGGAACCCCCCAAGGAUAAUGGAGGAUCAGACAUUUCAAAAUACUUUUUGGAAAUCUCCGAGGCAUCAGCUGGAGGGAGGUGGGAGCCCAUUUACAGCGGAGCCCAGCGGGAACACGUCUGUGACCACCUCAGAGCUGGCACCUCCUACAGACUGCGGGUGUCCUGUGCCAGUAAAGGUGGGGACAGCCAGGCCUCUGAUGUCACGACUGUCACGACAGCAGCCGUUCCCCCCGGGCCCUGUCCUGCCCCAGCCCUGGUGGGAAAAGCCAAGCCCAAGGAAAUCACUUUGCAGUGGGGACCCCCAGCUGUGGAUGGAGGCUCUGAGGUGACAGAGUAUCUGCUGGAGAUGGCCAGCUCGGAGCAGGAGGAGCGCAGGCUGGUUUACCAGGGCCCAGCAGCUGAGUUUGGAGUCAGCAGCCUGCUGCCAGGGAGAAGCUACAGCUUCUGGCUGCGGGCAGGGAACAGAGUGGGGUUUGGCCCCCACUCUGAGAAGGCAGAGUUUUGCACUGCUCCAGGACCCCCUGAGCAGUGCUGCAAACCCCUGAUAACCUGCAAAAGUGCAACUUGUGCUGUGGUUUCGUGGGAGAGCCCGGCGUGCAAUGGAGCAGAAAUCACCGAGUACAGGCUGGACUGGGGCCAGGUGGAGGGCUCCAUGCACAUCAUCUACACUGGCCCCUGCCAGAGCUAUGAGGUCAAGGGCCUCACACCUGCAACCACCUAUUACUGCAGAGUCCAGGCUGUGAACGUGGCUGGGGCGGGGCUGUUUGGGGACACGGCAGUGGUGACCACGCCCCCAUCGGUGCCUGCAGCCGUGGCCGUGCUGCACUUACUGGAAGAGGAUCAGGUGGAAAUUUCCCCUCCUUUCUCCACGUGCCUUGCAAUCCAGUGGGAAGAGCCCUGCUGCCACGGGGCAGAGAUCACAGGCUACAACAUCGAGUAUGGGGAGAAGCAGCUGCUCACUGUGGGGAGAAACACAACCCAUGUCCUUGAGAAUCUGCUGCCUGACACCCUGUACAGGAUCAGGGUACAGGCCAUCAACAGCUUUGGAGUUGGUCCUUUCAGUCAUUCCAUGAAAGCCAAAACCAAACCACUACCUCCUGACCCUCCCCACCUGGAAUGUGUGGUCUUCAGCUACCAGAGCCUUAAACUGAAAUGGGGAGAAGGGCCCAGCAGAGCUUUAAUUCCCAACCCUACUCAGUUCAACCUGCAGAUGGAGGACAGGUUUGGCAGGUUUGUGACAGUCUAUAAUGGUCCCUGUCACACCUACAAGGUGCAGAGGCUCAGUGAAUCCACCACCUACCAUUUCCGCAUCCAGGCGUACAACGACGCUGGGGAAGGAGCCUUCUCAGAGGUCUGUGCUUUCACCACCACCAAAUCUCCACCUGCACCUCUCAAAGCACCCAAAGUGAUUCAGCUGGAAGAAAACACUUUUGAAAUCACAUGGGAGCCUCUACAGCCAAUGAAAGGAGAUUCCAUUGUUUACAUCCUUCAGCUUGCUGCUGGCAGAGAGUUUGAUCAGGUGUACAAGGGCCCCGAGCCCUGCUUCCGGCUGCCGGCGGCGCAGAGCGGCUGCGAGUACCGCGCGCGCGUCUGCGGGGGGCCGGCGCAGAGCGGCGCGCGGCCGCGCGAGGAGCGCGCCAUCGCCAUCGCGCUGCUCUGCGGCUUCGCCGUCGUCGCCAUCCUCUUCGCCGUGGUCAUCCAGUACUUCGUCAUCAAGUAGGGCGGAGCCGGCCCUGCUCAGCUGCCUGUACAGAGAUCUCUGGGGUGUUGGUGGGUUAGUUCGAUGGAAUCCUAGCUGGGAGCCCCUCGCUCCGUGCGUUCCCGCUCCUGCUGCUGGCCAGGCUGGCUCGGCAGAUCCUUUCCAAAUGCUGGACACAGAUUUCCUGUAGAAAGGGUGAUCCUGGGCUCUCUGCAAUCGGGGUGAGCUGUUAGAGAACGGCAGUCAGCUGCCUUGGGUGCACGCUGGGGGGGUGUGCACACUCCUCUCUCCCCAUCCCAGCCAGUUGGAGAGGGAAGGCAUUGCUGGAACAGCCCUUUCCCAGCGGGAGGCGGUGGCUGUUCCGUCAGGUUCCGCUGUAGUUUGAUACCCAUGAAAAUCCAGCAGCACAAGUGCUUGAGCUUAGAGCAGAACUGCAGAGCCUACUAGAGCAUACCACAUUUACUAGACUGUAGAAGGAAAGCAGAAUAUUGACUUAGUGAUAUUACUACUUUACAGUUAUUUUAAUACUUGGGAUUCAGUAAUAAUCAUUUCAAGUGUUGGAGUAGAGGGUGCCAGGGUUUUUUAGGGUUUUAAUCCAAACCAAUGCCAGCAGGACGUGGCGCUCGGCCAGGAUGCCCAGGAAAGGCUCUGCCCCAAAUGUUCCUGCUGUCCUGAGCAGCUUUGGCCCAAUCCACAUUUCACUCUCAGUGCCUGAGAGAAAAAUAAUUCCCUGUGCAGCGUGCUCAAAACAGCACAGGAGUUGUCUUUAAGGAGAAAGAGUGCAUUUAUGAUAAAUGUUACACUAUUUGGCUCAAACUGAGCAAAUGUUUUUGUACUAUUAUUAACCUAAAAAAUAAAAAAAUUCAGCCUGCUUUGGGUGCCCUUCUAACUUAACCCCAACGAGCAAAUUGUACGUGAGAGAACUCUUUUUAGAUAACGUUUAUACAAUGUUUUAAACUUGCUAUCCCAGUGGUAGCAGCUUCACAUUCCAUGGUUUUCCUGUUGGGAAUGUUCAGCCUGCUAUGAACUUGUCUGAAACUCGUCCUGGUCGGCUGGGGGAUAUUUUUGUGGACACUGUGCACUACAUUUGACUGUUGUGUUCCAUCUGCUUGUGAAUCCCUGAGGAGGGGCCUGGCAGCUCCUGGCUCCGUUAGAUCAAAGCUUUUGAAAGCUGGAACUCGCAAAUUUCCAAUGUUUCAGGAAGGGUCUUGCCAACAGCGUUUGGAACGUGCCACAGAAUGGUAGGUUUAAGGUAUUUUUGCAAAGUCUGUGGCUCCACUUUGGCCAUCAGAGCGAUGCACUUGUGGGUGGGAGGGUGGAUGUGACAGAGCUACAGGCAAUGUGUUUCCAGUAAUUAAUUAAUCACUUUUAAGGGUCUUUCUCCUACAGCAGUUGAGGAAUAACGUUGUGUUAGAGUUUGAGGCAUUGUGUUGUAUUUCAGAUGUGGAAAACCUAAAUUAUGACCUAGUAUCACUUAAUCCUCUUCACAGUAGAUUGAUGGUGCAAUCUGAAAUUAAUCUUUUCAAAGCGUACUCUUCAUUUUUGUACUCUAUUUAUUUUGAUUAAAAGUCCUGGAAAGAAAAAAAAAUGUAUGUUUGAAUGUAUUGUUCUACUUGUAGCAGAACUUUAAGUUAAUCAUUUAUUAUAUCAUAGAAAUCUCUCCCUCCAGUGUCAGAGUUUUAUACAGAUAUUAGUCUCUAGUUUGCAGAAGAGUUUACAAUCUGUCUUUAUUUUCUUCAUAGUCUCCCUUUAGCAGAUAAACUGCCUGCAGCAAAUCUCUGUUGCCAAACUCCUUAGAACCAACUUGUAGAGGUUUAUUUGGCAAUAAUAGUCCUGAAAUUAGGAUUGCAGAGUAAAUACUAACAAGUCACCACUGCUAAAAAAUGAAAUUGAAUCCUUUUGUAAUUGCCACAAAAUGUUCAUAUUUCCACAAAAUACCCGGAUUUAUACUGCAAUAUGGAUUUUCCAUCAGCUGUUGUCCAUUCCAGAAGGAUGUACCCUCGUGGCAUUAAUGUAUUUUAGGUAUCUUCAGUUUUCUUGUAUUGUCAUUUUUGAGGUAUCUCAAACGUAUGUUAAAGCUGCCAUGCAUUGUAUUACUAAAUUGUAACUAUCAAAUAGAUAAUAUAUUUAAUACAGCCAAUAAAUAAUACAAAUGUAUUCGAA